AUGUUUUCGCGAGGUGAUCGAGAGAUAGACGAUUUAACUGGUAAUAUGAGUCAUUUGGCUUUCCAUGAUCUAAAUAUUUCCAAACCUAUUCCCUCAAAGAUGCAGUAUAGGCCUGCUAAAAGCGACGAAAGUGAAAGAGCAUCUCCUUCACAUGAGUCAUGUAAUUUAAAUGAUCAAGAUACCUUGAAAAACCGCCUCUCUUUGAGUCAUUCACCGAAAAAGCUGCCCAAGAAUUUCCACGAACGUGCCUCCCAAAGUCAGACUCAGAGAGUCGUUAAUGUGUGCCAACUUUACUUCCUUGACUAUUAUUGUGAUAUGUUUGAUUAUGUAAUCAGCAGAAGACAACGUACGAAACAGGUACUAAAAUAUCUCGAACAACAGAGAAGUGUCAAAAAUGUCCCUAAUAAGCCCUUAAAUGAAGAAUGGACUUUAUAUUUACAGAAAGAACAUGAGGUUUUAAGGAAAAGAAGAUUGAAACCUAAACAUAAAGACUUCCAGAUACUAACACAAGUUGGGCAGGGUGGGUACGGUCAAGUCUACCUUGCAAAAAAAAAAGACAGCAAUGAAAUUUGUGCUUUGAAAAUAUUGAACAAAAACCUUCUAUUUAAGUUAAACGAAACAAACCAUGUUCUUACCGAAAGGGAUAUACUGACCACAACCAGAUCAGAUUGGCUUGUGAAGCUGCUUUAUGCUUUUCAGGAUUCAGAAAGCCUGUAUCUAGCAAUGGAAUUCGUUCCUGGUGGUGAUUUCCGAACUUUGCUAAUUAAUACAAGGAUUCUGAAGAGCGGUCACGCGAGAUUCUAUAUUAGCGAGAUGUUUUGCGCCGUUAACGCAUUACAUGAACUUGGCUACACUCAUCGAGAUCUAAAACCGGAAAAUUUUUUGAUUGAUGCCACAGGGCAUAUAAAACUGACGGAUUUUGGACUAGCCGCUGGAACGGUAUCAAAUGAAAGAAUUGAAAGUAUGAAAAUACGUUUGGAAGAAGUGAAGAAUUUAGAAUUUCCCGCCUUCACAGAAAGAUCCAUUGAGGACAGAAGAAAAAUAUACCACAGAACGAGAAAGACAGAAAUCAACUAUGCUAACUCUAUGGUUGGUUCUCCUGAUUAUAUGGCCCUAGAAGUUCUUGAAGGUAAAAGAUACGAUUUUACAGUGGACUAUUGGUCAUUAGGCUGUAUGCUUUUUGAGAGUUUGGUUGGAUAUACACCAUUUAGUGGUUCUUCUACAAAUGAAACUUACGAGAAUUUAAGAUACUGGAAGAAAACCUUAAGAAGACCCCGUACUGAGGAUGGAAGAGCAGCGUUCUCGGAUAGAACCUGGGACUUAAUCAUAAGAUUAAUAGCAGAUCCUAUCAACAGAGUACGAUCUUUUGAACAGGUUCGAAAAAUGCCUUACUUCACAGAAAUCAAUUUUCAAACUAUAAGAAGAGGUUCACCGCCCUUUAUUCCCCAAUUAGAUGAUGAAACAGAUGCAGGCUAUUUUGAUGAUUUUACUAAUGAAGAAGAUAUGGCGAAGUACGCGGACGUCUUCAAAAGACAGAAUAAAUUAUCUGCCAUGGUUGAUGAUUCUGCAGUAGAUUCUAAAUUAGUUGGUUUCACAUUUAGGCAUAGGAAUGGUAAACAAGGUUCAAGUGGGGUGCUCUACAAUGGCUCGGAACAUUCAGAUCCUUUCUCAACCUUUUAUUAG